AAAGCACUACCAAGAUCCUAAAGAAGAAAAAUCCCAAAAAAGAAUUAAAGAACAAAAAUGUGAAAGAACACUACAAACAAUAAAUGAAUUCUUAAACAAAUAUAGAACUGAAAAAGUAACUAAAAAGAAAAAGAUAUCACCACCAACAAUACCAAAAAAUAUAACAAUGUUACUAAACAAAAAUAUAAAAGAAAUAAAACAUAAACAAGAACAAGAAUUCCAAAAUAAACAAUUUGUAAAAGAUCAAGAAGAAUUAAUAAUAGAAAUUACCAAUAUAGAAAAUGAAUAUGAGGCAAUCCAACGGAUACCCAAAACAAAACUAGAAGAAUUAUAUCACCAAAUACUAACCAUACCAACUCUAUCUCAAGAAAUAUGA